AUGGCUACUAUCAAUCAACAAGGCAUUGCUGAACUUUCUCAACGCCACUCUUCAAGUGUUAUAGGAUCCCCCUCUACUAAAACUAUUACUUCGUCUUUUGAUAUCACUAACCCUCUCGCCAUACUUUGUCUUAUCGGAGCUUUAGUACUAUUAAUAGGACUUAUUAUUGCCUCCGUUGUUGUUUACCGGAAAUUAUCUAAGAAGAAACAGGUAUUUGAUGAGGGGAAAUACCGGCAAGUAGGUAAAUCCAUGUGGUAUGUUGAUCACAAGGGUGAAUCUCUUGAUAACCAACCCUCUACAUCGGGAGGGCUUAUUAAAUAUAAUAAUGAGAGCCCGGCAGCAUUCCAGAGGGGCGGCCACAUAAGAACUCCAGUUAGGUCUACUACAAGACACCCAAUCCAACCAACCCCUUUAAAACCAACACUAACUGCUGAAGAACAAGAGUGGGUGAAUCAAGUAGACCUUGGAUUAAGCGAAAGAGUGCGUAAAUUCCUAAUAGCGUGGCACACUUCUCAUAUAAACAGAUUAACCCCAUUAGUAAACAAUGGUUCAGAACCCCAGGUAGAUGACCCAAAAACACUCGAAGAACUACCAUUAAGAGGCCAAAUACAAGCAGCUAUGUGCGAGAUAGAUCAGAACACUGAGCCAUUCCCAGGUUGGGUACAAAAACUAGACGGCUACCUCCGUGGAUUAGCACCGGGCGAAAUGCAGCAACGAGUACAAGAAGUAAGACAAAAGAUCAUAUCCUGGAACAGUGUUCUGAUGGGCUAUCAACAACAAUACGAACAGCUGCUAACCACACUCCGAUCCAAUCAACCCAACGGGCACUUCUAA